AUGGCUUCCCACGAAGACGACACCAUGCCCGAGGAGACUCAGGGUUACAAGUUGACCCAGCCCAAGCAGAGUCUCGCCGACUACCAAAACAUGGAUGCCAACGACGAAUCCCUCCAAAAAUACAAGGAAUCUCUCGGUCUCGGUGGCGGCAAGGACCUCUCCGAUCCCAACGAUCCUCGAGUAUGCAUCAUCCUCGCCCUGACCAUGGAGAGCCCCGGCCGCGAUCCCGUCCGAAUCGAUCUGUCCCAGCCCGGCAGCGAGCUCGCCCUCAAGGAUAAGCCCUUCAAGAUCAAGGAGGGUUCCAAGUUCACCAUGGUCGCCACUUUCAAGGUCCAGCACGAGAUUCUCAGCGGUCUCCACUACGUCCAGAUUGUGAAGCGCAAGGGUAUCAGGGUUAGCAAGGAUUCCGAGAUGAUUGGAAGCUACGCCCCCAACACCGACAAGGUGCCUCUAUACGAGAAGAGAUUUACCGAGGAAGACGCUCCGAGCGGAAUGCUUGCCCGUGGCCAUUACAAUGCCAUCUCGACCUUCGUUGACGACGACAAGAAGAAGCAUCUGGAGUUUGAGUGGAGUUUUGACAUUUCCAAGGACUGGUAG